AUGGCCCUUCGAUCUGGUCCACUUGCUCCUGGCGUCGCAUUCAUUACGGGGGGUGCCAGAGGAUUAGGCAAUGCCAUUGCAGUAUCAUUCGCCAAGGAAGGCGCUCGAGGCGUUGUCAUAGUCGAUAUCAACGAUGAAGCAACUUUGGAGCAAGGCAAAAAGAACGUCGAGCAGUAUGGUGCCAAGUGUCUCGCAAUCCGGGCCGAUGUGACUAACGAGGGAGAUGUCGAGAGGGCAGUCGACGAAGCUGUCAAAGAAUUUGGUCGCAUUGACUAUGCUGCCAAUUUCGCCGGGGUCAUCGGUCCUCUUGGUCCAACAUGGGACACCUCUUUAGCGGACUGGAAGCGGGUGAUCGAGGUGAAUACGGUUGGAGUGUGGUUAUGCAACAAAUACCAACUCAGGCAAAUGAUGAAGCAAGACUCUAUCGAAGUUGAAGAGCACCGUCCACCACAACGGGGAUCAAUUGUGAACUGUGCAUCAGUGAACUCGAUUCAAGCUGGAGCAGGGACGACAGGAUACUCUGCUUCAAAACAUGCGGUGAUGGGCAUCACCAAAGCUGCUGCUCUUGAGGCUCGCAGCCACGGCAUACGAAUCAAUGCUGUCAGUCCAGGAUUUCUGCUUACCAAGCUCCUCGAUUCAUUCCUGGAAGAGGGCGACAAACAGCGGGGCAACGAGACCUGGGCGAAAUAUGAGGCAAGGCAGGGACGAAAAGCAUCCUUUGAUGAAAUUGGGGACGUGGUAGUCUUGCUUAGCCUCCCGCGGAUGAGUCUUGUCGUCGGACACAACUUGGUAAUUGACGGGUACGUUGCUCACCCCUUGUUGGUUGAUGUUUUCCAGAUCGAUCGCUGCCAUGCUUGA